AUGCCAAUUCCUCCUCCCCCUCCACCCCCUCCUGGUCCUCCUCCACCUUCCACUUUUAAUCAGGGAAACACAGAGCAGAUCAAGCUGAGCCGAGAUGAGCAGCGGGGUCGAGGCGCCCUCUUACAGGACAUCUGCAAAGGGACCAAGCUGAAGAAGGUGACCAACAUCAAUGAUCGGAGUGCUCCCGUCAUUGAGAAACCCAAAGGAAGCGGUGGUGGUUAUGGCUCUGGAGCAGGUGCCCUGCAGCCCAAGGGAGGUCUCUUCCAAGGAGGAGUGCCGAAGCUCCGCCCUGUGGGAGCCAAGGACGGUUCAGAGAACCUCGCUAGUAAGCCAGCCCUGCACGUUCCCAGUUCUCGAGCUGCUGCCCCAAGGCCUCCCGUGUCUGCAGCCAGUGGGCGCCCUCAAGAUGACGCAGACAGCGGCCGAGCCUCCCUCCCGGAACUGCCCCGGAUGCAGAGACCUUCAUUACCGGACCUCUCUCGGCCUAUCACCACCAGCAGUCCGGGCAUGAAGCACAGCUCCUCUGCCCCUCCUCCGCCACCACCAGGGCGGCGUGCCAACGCACCCCCUGCACCUCUGCCUAUGCACAGCAACAAAGCCCCCGCCUACAACAGAGAGAAACCCCUGCCGCCCACCCCCGGACAGAGGCUUCACCCUACUCGAGACGGACCUCCUGCCCCACCCCCCGUCAAACCACCGCCUUCCCCUGUGAAUGUCAGAACGGGACCAAGUGGCCAGUCUCUGGCUCCUCCUCCGCCGCCUUACCGGCAGCCUCCAGGGGUCCCCAAUGGGCCCUCUAGUCCCACUAAUGAGUCGGCCCCUGAGCUGCCACAGAGACACAAUUCUUUGCAUAGGAAGACACCAGGGCCUGUCAGAGGCCUAGCACCUCCUCCGCCUACUUCAGUCUCUCCUUCUUUACAGAGUAAUAGGCCACCUCCCCCAGCCCGAGAGCCUCCCAGUCGGGGAGCAGCUCCUCCACCCCCACCACCCAUGAUCCGAAAUGGUGCCAGGGAUGCUCCCCCUCCCCCACCACCAUACCGACAUGGGUCAGAACCUCUGAACCGGGGGAAGCCCCCGCCUCCGCCCUCCAGGACGCCAGCUGGGCCACCACCUCCUCCUCCCCCACCCUUGAGGAACGGCCACAGAGAUUCCAUUACCACUGUUCGAUCUUUCUUGGAUGAUUUUGAGUCAAAGUAUUCUUUCCAUCCAGUAGAAGACUUUCCUGCUCCAGAAGAAUAUAAACACUUUCAGAGAGUAUAUCCCAGCAAAACAAACCGAGCUGCCCGUGGAGCCCCACCUCUGCCACCCAUUCUCAGGUGA